GCGAGCAGAGCAUCAUCACAUGGAAACCUCUGGAUGGAUGUUUGCUCAUCUGUUUGAUCUGCUGCUCGUUUAACACGUCUAACAUGUCGGUUCAUCCCGUCCCCGGAUAGUUAAAUCCGUAUCUACCAUAACAUCAAGAUGUCAGCAGGUCUGGAGUGGGAGAAAGUGUCGAGAAUUGACCCACGGAGGCUCGAUCAGCGUGGGAAAGACGAGCUGGAGGACUUCGUCAGCAUGUUUAUCUCGACGGAGGAGUGGGAGGUGGAGGAUAAAGCUCCGGAGAACAUUACUCAAGUCCUCCGGGUGUUUCAGGCCUUGCUGAAGAUCAAAGAUCGGGAAGUGGCUGCUGCUCAAAACUUCGUGGAUAAAAUUGGCAUUGAGUCCAGCCAAACUGAAAACAAGCUCCGGGAGAAGGUGUUGAGGCUGGAAGAACAACGCAAGAUCGGCACGGGGCCAGACACCCGCUUCCUGAAGGAUGAGAUUCGGCAGCUCGAGGCCCAGCUGGAGCAGGGGGUGAAGGAUUUGACCCAGUUAAGGCGAGACAUGGGGAAGGAGAGGAGAAGCAACGAAGAGCUGACCGUGCGCCUGGAGGAGGCCGAGGACGAGGCGAAGAAGCUGAAAAGAGAGUUGAAAAAACUGAAGAAGAAGAACGAGAAUCUCCAGCAGGACGUGGACUUCUACCGCGGGGAGCUGGACCGGAGGGACCCACCGUCGUCCCGGGACGAGGGUGCCGAGACCCAGAGGAAGCUCACCGCGGCCAACCGCCAGCUGUACCAGUGCCUGGAGGACCUGCAGCGAUCGGAGGAAGAAAACACGCAGCUGAAAGUUCAGAAUGAGCAGAUGCAGAAGAGUCUGGAGGAGUCGGUGCAGGAGAUGGAGAAGAUGACGGACGAGUACAACAAGAUGAAGAUCGCGCUGCAGCAGACCGACUCGACGGUGGACCAGGUCCGGAAGGAGCGGGACGCCGCCAAGCUGCAGGUCAGGGAGUUGACGGACAGGAUCCAGAGCAUGACUGAGCAGGACGACCCGGUGAUGGCAGCCGUCAACGCCAAGGUGGAGGAGUGGAAGAGGGUGCUCUCCGGGAAGGACGACGAGAUCCUGGUGUACCAGCAGAUGAUCCGCGACAUGAGGGACAAGCUGCGCUCGGCCCAGCUGGACGUGGACAAGAGCAACGUCAUGGCUCUGCAGCAGGCCAUGUUUGAGCUCUGUGGCGCCGUGCAGGAGCGAGAUAAUCAGAUCAAGAUGCUGACGGAGCAGGUGGAGCAGUACACGGGGGAGAUGGAGAAGCACGCCCGCCUCAUCGCGGAGCUGAAGACGUCCACGGACAGAGACAGAGGUCUACCUCCAACCAGCCAGCGCAGGAAGGUGGAGGAGCUUCAGUCCCGGCUGAAAGCCGCCGAGAUCAGAGCGGCGGAGGCGGAGCAGGCGCUGAAGCUAGCAGAAGAUCAUGCCGAGGGCCGAGACAAAGCUCUCAUUGAGGCGUCCAACCGUUUGAGCCAGUACGAGUCUGGCACUUACGGUCUGGAAGCCGCCAUCGCCGAGAUCAAAGAGUGCAACAAUCAAAUUACGCUGAGGGAUCGCGAGGCGGAGGCCAUGACCAGGGACAUCAACAAGCUCGCGCUCAGAAUCAACGAGCUCAUGGACGAAAACGAGAAUUUCAGAGAAAAACUGGGUCUGGAACCGAAGCAGGAAGUGGAUCUGACGGAGUUCAGACGGGCCAAGGACCUCGGACAGCGCCAAUACAAAGCAGAAAACCAGGUUCUUGCCAAAGAGAUCGAGCGCCUGGAGGAGGAGCGGCUGGAGCUGAAGAAGCAGGUCCGGGCCAUGGUGAAGGAAAGAGCUGUGUCCGGUGGGAUACCUCGGUUGACCCUGCAUCCGGAGGACGACAUCAGGCUGGGGAAAAGAUCAGAGUCUCGCGCAGACGAAGACGCCAGACGCAAGAAUGAAUACCUUGAGAAGGAGCUGAGCAUCAAGGAAAAGGAGCUGGAACUUCACAAGAAUGAGUUUCAGGUCAAACUGGAGGAGCUGUCGAAGGUGAAGAACGAUCUGGAGGCGGCGCUGAAAGAUGUUCUUUGCGCGAUGAGGGUGAAUGAAGACGCCCCCCGCGCUGAUGCGGCCUCGGCCCCGGGCCUGAGAAAGUUGGCUAAUGCGUUAGCCGGCAGCGAUGGAAAAGCCCCGGAGUCUCAAGGCCUCAGGUCCCAGAUCCAGCAGCUGGUCGGCAGGAACGAGGAACUGAGGCAGGAGCUGCAGUCGUCCCGCCAGGAGGCGACCGGCAGCUUCAGCCGGCUGGUCAGCGCAGAGAAAAAGGUGAGCCAGCUGGAAGGCGAGCUGGAGCUUCUGAGGAAGUCGGGCAGCGGGGGAGUCUCCCCCCAACCUUUGACCCUCCCCGAGGGUCUGGGCCCCGGCAGCGCCGAGGUCAUCAGCUCCCUGAACGAGUACGCCGUCCGCCUGCUCCAGGAGCUCAGGAACCGGGAGGAGCGAAGCAAGGAGCUAACCGCCGCGCUGGAGGAAUACAAGGAGAAGUUUGCUGUGAUCAGCCACCAGCAGGGACUCCUCUAUAAGGAGUAUCUCAGCGAGAAGGCGGAGUGGCAAAAGGAAAAAGAACGGUUUUCAGAGAUGAAGAACAAGCUAGAAGAGCAAAAGCAGACAGACGGUGUUAAAAUCCAACAGUUUAACGAGCUGCUGAACUCUCUUCAGAGGGAACCCGAGGAAACAAAGCGGCGGCUGAGCGAAGCCUUCCGGCAGCUGACGGUGCUGAAGGUGAACGAGAAGAAGCUGGAGCGCCGGUACACCACCCUGCUGGAGCAGGAGCAGCACCUCCGGCGGGGGAACGAGCGGCUCAGGGACGAGAGCGCCGACAUGCAGGCCUCCGUCAUCCAGAGGAUGGGCUACCUCCAGAGAUACAAGGAAAUGGCGGCGUACAAGAUGGCGGCCCUGCAGAAGGCCCUGGAUGACAGCGUGCCGUCGUCGGACCUGGAGAGGGCCAACCAGCAGUACACGGAGCUGACGGCCCGAUACAGGGACGUGCUGCAGAGGGACGGCCGCCUCCUGCAGAGAACCAGCAACCUGGAGCAUCUGGAGAGAGAAAACGAGUCCCUGCGAGGGCAGAUCUCGUACGUGAACAAGGAGCUGGAGAUUGCCAAGGAGAAGCUGCACACUCUGGAGCAGGCGUGGGAGGACGCCGGCUCGGCGGGGAGGGAAUCUGGCGCGGCGAAGGCCGGCGAGGCGUCAGUCGGCGGCGAAACGGUAUCCGUGGCGCGGAGGAUCACCACGCUGGAGAUGAAGGAGCUGAACGAGAGGCAGCGAGCCGAACACGCCCACAAGAUGUACGAGCACCUGAAGAGCUCCCUCCGACAGGCGGAUGAGCGUAACGCCGAGCUGGAGGCCAAAUUCUCCCAGUUGACCAGGAUGAACGCCGAGGCCCAGAAGGUGGAGCGGGAUCUCCGGGACCAGCUGGCGGCGAGCGUCAGCAGAGCCGUGAGCGACGCCGACAGAUCCAGGAUCGCAGAGCUGGAGAAGGUGGAGGCCGAGCUCCGCGUGGAGGUGUCCAAACUUCAGGAGGUGUCUGACGUGGCCGUGACCCAGGUGUCGGCCUUACAGGCCCGGCACAAGUCCAGAGAUGAGGAAGUGGAAGCUUUGAGGAGGCAGAUACUGGACUACCAGUCACAGUCGGAUGAGAAGGCCCUCAUCGCGAAGCUCCACCAGCAUGUCGUGGCCCUGCAGCUCAGCGAGGCGGCGGCUCUGGCGAGGCUGGAGUCCUGCGGCUCCCGGAUCCAGCAGCUGGAGGCCUACAAGCUCCGCGCCGAGCAGCGUCUGGACGCCAGCGAGCGCUCGCUGUUCCUGGCCCGGCAGGAGGGCCGGAACCGCUCGCUGCACCUGCGGCAGAGCAUCCAGGCGCUGCGCCGGCAGUUCGCCGGGGCGCUGCCGCUGCCCCAGCAGGAGAAGUUCUCCACGGCCAUGCUGACGCUGCAGGAGGAGAAGGUGAGGGCCCAGGAGGAGAGGAGGAACGCCGAGGAGCAGAGGAGGUCGGCGGAGGGCAAGGCCGGCGAGCUGCAGCUGAAGCUGCGAGGCCUCCAGGAGCUGGUGGCCACGCUGAAGGACGUGAGAGGAGCCCAGAAGGUAAUGGAGUGGCACAAGAAGAUGGAGGAGGCUCGUCUGCAGGAGCUGAGGAAAGGGAGGGAGCUGGGGGUCCAGAAGGAGGAGAUCUCGUACCUGAAGAGGCUGGUGGAGGAGCAGGACCAGGCGGUCCGCUCGCUGGAGGAGGACAUCGUGCAGCUCAACACGCUCCAGGAGGAGCGGCAGCUGGCCUGGGACCAGCGGGAGGUGGAGCUGGAGCGUCAGCUGGAUCGUUACGAGAAGCACCAGAAGGAGGUUCUCAACAACGCCGAAAAGCUGGAGGACGGGGCAGGACUCCUCCCAGACCCGGCGCUGCCUCUGUCUCACCAGCUAGAGUCGGCCCUGGCUCGGAUCAGGGAUCACGCCCGCUCCGCGGCGGACACUCAGGCCACCUGCAGGACUCUGGACGAGAGGCUGAAGGAGAAGGAAGCGGCUCUGAGGAAGGCGGAGCAGCACAUCGUGUCCAGGGACCGGGUGAUCAACGAGCUGCGUCUCCGGCUCCCCGCCGCCGCCGACCGGGAGCGGCUGCUGGCGGAUCUCAGCGAGCUGGAAGACGGCCGGCCCGACUCCCGGCCAGCCCUCGGCCUGGCGCACCAGACCAUCCAGGACCUGCAGGCCCGGCUCGACAAAAAGGAGGAGGUGCUGAAGAAAUACCAGCAGCAGGUGGCCAGAGCCAGACAGGAUCAAGAGGAAGCGAUAAAGCGCCACCAGGAGGAGCUGAGGUUGCUGCAUCAGAAGCUGGACGCGCAGUCGGACCGAACGCUGGACAGCUUCAAGCAGACAGCCAUGGAGCUGCUGAAGAAGCCGAGCAUCCGGGUUCCGACCUCCAAGCACCUGGAGCGGCUGGCGGAGAUGGAGCAGGUGGUGGCCGAGCAGGACGCGUCGCUCGGCUCCGUCGCAGAGAAGCUGAGGCUGACCGCCGCCGACCUGGAGGGACAGAGGGUUGCCACGGAAACGCAGGCCCACAAGCACGCCGACGACAUGGCAAAGCUGGAGGAGAGCUACGUCGCUCGGCUGAAAGCUGUGACUGGAGACACGGAGGACCAGCAGAACCGGGUGGCCCAGAUGGAGAAGGAGAUGAACCACCUCCGGACGGAGCUGGAGGCCCAGAAGGAGGCCAACGUUCGCUCCCCCAGCAACACCAUGAAGAACCUGGUGGAGCGACUGAAAGCGCAGCUCAGCCAGAAGGAGAAGCAGCUCAAGGCUCUCAGCAAGGCUCUGCUGGAGAUGCGGGCCGAGAUGACGUCAGCGGCGGAGCAGCAGGUUCUGGCCGGCGCCGCGCAGCGGGAGGAGAGUCUCAACGUGCAGCUGCUGGUGGACCGGCGCACCAGGGAGCUCCAGGCCCAGGUACAAGAGCUGAGCGACGACCUCCAAGCGUCAAAGGAGUCGGCCAAAGCAUCCAGGAGCCGGGAGGUCGCCCUGAAGGAGGAGCUGGACGCCCUGAACCGGGACACCCAGAGGUGGCAGAAGACCCAGAAGCGGCUGCAGGCUGAGAAGGACGAGAGGGAGCAGGAGGUCCGGGAGCUCCGGCAGCAAGUGAGGCGGCUCACCAGCGCCGUGCAGAAUCAGCCGGAGCCGAGCGGUAAAGGUCCCAGCGCCGAGAUCCUGCAGAAGAAGAUCCAGCGGCUGGAGUCUGAGCUGGAGAAACGGCCCGAAGCGAAGCCGGCCAAGGACGACCACGGAAAGUCGAAGGAAGAAGUCGUCCGCUGGGAGGAGAGCAAGAGGUGGCAGGCCCGGAUGGAGAAGUCCAAGGCGGCGCUGAAGGAGAAGGAGCGGGAGAACGAGACGCUGACGAAGCAGCUGGGCACCCUGAAGGAGCUGUACGCCCGGCUGGAGCAGGAGAGGGCGGCGCUGCAGAGGAAGCUGAAGGCUCGCGGCGUCACGGCCGACCAGGUGGUCGGGGUUCGGACCACCGAGACGGAGAAGGAGGUGGAGGAGCUGAGGAGCAGGAACUCCGAGCUGCAGUCGCAGAUCGCAGCCAUCAAGCAGCAGCAGGCGUUGCCACGGGACGUCGUCGUGGAGACGGUGAUGCAGCGGAACCGCUUCCUGGAGGAGCGUCUGCAGGGUCUGGAGAACCAGAGCUCCAAGGAGUCUCCGUCGAGACCCUCGGGGAGGAGUUUGUCCUCCCUGGCGUCGUUGGGCGUCACCUUCGAAGUCGUCGAGGACGAGGAGGCGUCGACCAAAGCGGGCGCCGUCCGCCGUGCCCGCCGGGUCACCGGGUCCCGUAGCGGCUCCGCGAGCCCCAGAGCCUGCAGUAGAGGCGUUACCACGGAGACGGGCGUUACCAUGGACGGCCACCCGGGUGGUUCUGAAGAACAGGAGGAACCACAAACCGCAGAAGGGAGCGAACCAGAACCAGAACCGGAUGGUCCAUCAGAGGGGGCAGAGUCGGCGCCAGCGGCUGAUGAUGAUGAGGAAGAUGAAGGGGGGGUCCGGUCGGAGAACCCCGAGGACGAGGUUGGACCGGGAGAAGGGGGAGAUGAGGAAGCAGCAGAAGAGGGUCGCCAGGAACAUCCGGGCCCAGCUGGACCAGAGCCGGACAAACACCCAAACAGGAAACGGGCCGGUCGGGCAGGAAGGCAGACUUCAGGACGCGGCACCGGCACGCCGCCCCAGAGGGACCAGAACCAGGACCCGGACCUGUCCAGGGAGAACCUGCGUCUGGCCUCGGAGAACCUGGAGCUGCGGCUGCAGCUGGAGCAGAGCAUCGUGGACCUGCCGCGCCUGAAGAACCAGGUCUCGGACCUGAAGGAGAUGUGUGGCGCCCUGAAGAAGGACAAGGCCGAGGCGGAGAGGAAGCUGGCCCGCGUGUCCGGGUCGGGCCAGAGCGGCAGAACCGUCCCAGAACUGGAGAAGACCAUCGGCCUCAUGAAGAAGGUGGUGGAGCGGGUUCAGCGGGAGAACGAGGUCCUGAAGAAGUCCGGCGGCCCGGCGGACCGGGACCGGCUAACCGCCCUGGAGAAGGAGAACCAGAAGCUGCAGGCGGACCUGGAGGCGCUGCGGCGCCGGGCCGAAGCCGAGCUGGCGUCCAAGCUGGAGUCCAAGACCCGAGGGCUGGAGAAGAUCGUGGUGGAGAACGAGCGUCUGCGCCGGGACCUCAGACGGGAAACGGAGGCGGCGGAGAAGCUCCGCGCGACCAAGACUGGCCUGGAGGUGACCAACGAGAAGCUGGAGGCGGAGCUGGAGGACACCAGGCGGAGGCUGCGCGAGGCCCUGACCCCGCCCCCCACCGAGAGCAGGGACGGCAGGGCCGGGAAGGCGUCCGUGGUGACCAGGAUGUUUGAGAACAAGAUGACGGCGCUGGAGAAGGAGCUCUCCCAGAAGAGCAGCAGCCUCGCCGAGGCCCGGCAGCAGCUGAAGGAGGUCCGGGAGCGCGAGGACCGAGCCCAGACCAGCAUCCGACACCUGGAAGACCAGGUGGACGUGUUGAAAAGGUCUCCUGCAGCCGGAAGAACCGAGGCGGAGCUCCUCCCUCCCGUCAGACCCGAGAUCGCAGAGCCGGAGACGCAGACCGACGAGCCGAGAGGAAAGAAAACCCCCCAGCGGCGCCGCGGCGAAGCGCUGUCUCAACCAGGCCUAGUCGUGGUGACGGGGUUUGUGUCCCCAGACGACGCGGCGGUGCUGCAGCGGCGCCUGCAGGACGCCGAGGCGGACCGGGCCCGGCUGCAGGCCGAGGUGCGGAGGCUGAGGAGGGAGGUGCAGGAUCUGGACCCGGCCUUCUUCGAGGAGCUGGAGGACCUGAAGUACAACUACAACCUGGAGCUGAAGAAGAACCUGCUGCUGGAGGAGCAGCUGAGGAGGGUGUGCCGGCGGUUCGGGGUGGAGGUGCAGAUCCCCCGCGUCUCCGUCGGCUGAUGAUCGGCCGACCGGCGUCUCCGUGGCGACCGGCACCGGACCAGCAUCUCUGGGACUUUCCUUUAAACGGCAGCUGAUUUGUUGAUGCAUCACCAGGAAACUGGAGGUUUAGUUUUUAACUUAAGAGAAUUUGUAUGAUUGUUGUGUGUUUUGUUAAUAAAAUGACUCGUUUAACUUGUUCGGUU